GUCAUGCGUCAAGACCAAGGCAAGGAUUGCACGGUUUUAACUUUUAGUUUUUACUUUGAAACCGAAAUCAAACAGUGGUAGUACAAUAAUUAUUAGUAAUCUGUAAUAUUAGUGGUUUUUGUCUUGAAUUCUUGCGAUUUGCACGAAUAUUGUAAAAUAUUUCUUUGAAGUGAAUCAAUAGUUGUACUGUGCUGUAACUAUAUUUAUAAGAAAUUCAAACGAAUACGUAAACAUAACUAUUUAUUUGUUCUCUUAAAGCAAACAACACAACAAAGUUUAAUUACAAAAUAACAAUGGAUAUUAGACCGAAUCAUUCUAUCUACAUAAACAAUCUCAAUGAAAAAAUUAAAAAAGAGGAGUUAAAGAAAUCUCUUUAUGCAAUUUUUUCACAAUUUGGUCAAAUAUUGGAUAUUGUUGCGUUAAAGACACUUAAAAUGCGAGGUCAAGCUUUUGUAAUUUUCAAAGAAAUAUCCAGUGCUACAGUUGCUCUAAGAAGUAUGCAGGGAUUUCCGUUUUAUGAUAAACCAAUGAGAAUUCAAUAUUCUAAAGGUGAUAGUGAUAUUAUUGCUAAGAUUAAAGGUACUUUCCAAGAAAGACCCAAACGUCCUAAAAUGCCCAAAAACACAGAUGAAUCAAAGAAAAAGAAGAACAAGGAUGCUGGAAGGAGUGCUAUUCCUGGGUUUGGGCAACCUGGCUUAAAUAAUGCCAUUAAUGUUGAACAACCACCAAACCAAAUCCUGUUCUUGACAAACUUACCAGAUGAAACCUCUGAAAUGAUGUUGUCUAUGCUUUUCAAUCAAUUCCCUGGAUUUAAAGAAGUCCGUCUUGUGCCUAAUAGGCAUGAUAUUGCAUUUGUUGAGUUUGCAAAUGAAAUGCAAUCUACAGCAGCCAAAGAAGCCCUUCAAGGAUUCAAAAUCACACCCACACAUGCAAUGAAGAUUACUUUUGCAAAGAAAUAGUUUUAAGUAAUUACUAUGGAUAUUAGCAAUAUUUCCUUUGGUAUAAAAUAAAGUUUUAAGUAUUUUGAGAA